ACCCUGUCUUAUGAAACCCCUGCGCCUGUUCGAGAAGUACAUCUGCAUCAGCGCUCUGUAUCUCAUCUGCAGGUUGGAGCCGUCCGACAACUUCAAACGCCAUCCUCUGAAAUCGUGUCAGGAUGCCAACCUUCGAGACCGAAGUUGAGUUGGCCGUGCCCGCCUCCCGUCUCUGGACCACUCUGGUCAAUGCCAACUCCAUGUUCCCCAAGAUCGCCCCACUCUUCAUCAGCAGCAUCGACGUCGUCGAGGGUGCGGUCGGCCAGAUUGGCGAAGUCACUCUCGUCAAGCUCGGCCCAAUUGCACCUGAUGGAGCUUUCGUGAAGGAGAGGAGGGUGGAGAUCGACCACGGCACGAUGACCAUGGCGUCGGAGGAGCUGGCAGGAGGACAUCUCGCGGUGGGAUUCAGCAAGUGGAUUGCGAAGCUGAGGCUGGAACCGAUCGGCACGGACAAGGUCAAGCUCUGCUCGAGCGUGGACUAUGAAACCGAGGGCGACUCGGAUGUGAGCCUUGCCAUCACGCAAGCCAAGGAAGGGCUGCCCAUGCUGUUCCACUCGGUCGAGCAAUACCUCGCCAGCACUGCACCUUAACCUGCAAUCAUGGCCCUGCUCAGGUACCGCACGCUCACUUCAGCUCAGCUCGCUGGAAGGCUGCAGAUCUGCGCAGUUGCAGCCCCACAACCGCUGUCACAUGAGUUUGGAGACAAACAAGAAUGAAAAACAAUCCAUCAGUCCAUCCAUCGAGCGAUCGAUCUAUCGACCGAUCAGUCGGAUGGUCUGCUUUGGUUCACGGCACGGCGUGCCAGAUCUACUAGGAAACUUCAGGCGUGAUCGAGCUCCAGAGUCAAAUUAUCACCUUUCUGUGCAAGCCUGUUCGUAUUGUUCACUAUAGCAAAAGGUUAUAGGGCGUGUUUCGAUCCAGUUCUGGACCCUCAGCUUUCAGAUCUUUUGUACAUACCACAUUUUUCUUGCAGUGCAUUACGCUGGCCCAUAUGUCAGAUGCAUGGAUGUCAUCAUCUCUCCGUGGCUGCGAUAGCUCAGGCUAUGCCACCGGUCUUAGGCCUGCUUUGGAUCUGUUGUAUUCGACUAUCUUAAAUUACGGGAGCCUCCACUCGCACUUGCACAUUCGCAAUUGACACUUUCUUAUCUAUCUAUCGCCCAAGUCCACAUCCUCGCUCUUGGUGUAGAUCCAUAUUCACCCGUAGAAAUAAAUGUGCUAGUCUGAGGUUUCUAAUAAGUCACAUUGUGCCGUUUCUCUCGCUGUUUCAUCUUGUCACACCGUACCUUCUGCCGUGUUUUGCUACCCCAUAUUGCUGCCUCAUGCCUUCGGGUCACUUCUCUCUGAAGGACAUCAGAUAAGUCCAACAAGAGGAGACGGGGGACUAGAAUAUACAGUCGUCGUGUGGAGACAGUAUUACUGAAUUCCAUCUCAGGUACAACAAGCAAAUUUACAAAAGCUAUUACAAAAUGCAGGGAAUGAGUCUGCUUUCGAAACUUCGACCACGGGUUGGAACGAGAACAUCUGUGGAAAUUCGCCAUCUAUCUUAUGGCAGUUCCUAAACAUGUGAUCGGCCAUGAUGGAAUUGAUUCAAGGAGCAGCAGUAAUUCCACCUUUAUCAGUGUUGUGGAGUAAAUCAGUUCAUGCAUGGGCUUUUCAGUAAACAGGUUCUGCUUUCUUCACUUCG